CCGAGCGCGCGGACCGCGCCCACGGUUUCCAAAUUCCACCACCCCGUCUCCAUCGCCUCAAACUCCCCCGCCACUUGCACCGGCCGCUUUCCCCGAAGCUCCAACCGCCUCGCUGGCCCGGCCGCCCUCCCGCGGGGACAUCUAUAUAGCCGCGUGUCCUUCGCUCCGCCGCUCCGGGGAGGUGAGGUGAUCACCAAUCCAUCGUCAUCAUUCAUCCGGUGCUCGACACAGCCGUUGCGUGCGGAGGUCUUGGGCGGCGACGAAGAGACCGGAGAGAGGAAGCAGCAGGAAGAGACGGACACAGAUCAGGGAAUGGGCGGCGCCGGCACGGCGGGGAAGCGCAGCGCGCGGUGCGAGCUCUGCGGGGGCGCGGCGGCGGUGCACUGCGCCGCGGACUCGGCGUUCCUCUGCCUGCGCUGCGACGCCAAGGUGCACGGCGCCAAUUUCCUGGCGUCCAGGCACCUGAGGCGCCGCCUGCGCCCGGGCGCGCCCGCCGGCUCGGCGUCCUCGGCGUCGUCCGCGUCGAGCGGCUCCUGCGUGUCCACCACGGCCGACUCCGCGGGGUCCGCGGCCGCCGCGCCCGCGCCGGCCCGGAAGCGGCGGGCGCGCGCGGAGGCGGUGCUGGAAGGGUGGGCCGGGCGGAUGGGCUUCGCGGCGGGGCCUGCGCGCCGGCGCGCGGCCGGGGCCGCGGGCGCGCUCCGGGCGCUGGGCCGCAGCGUAGCCGCCGCCCGCGUCCCGCUCCGCGUCGCGAUGGCCGCGGCGCUCUGGGCCGAGAUCACGUCCGCCCCGGCCGCGUGCAAGGGAGCGGAGGCCGCGCUGCUCCGGCGGCUGGAGGCCGCGGCGCACGUGCCGGCGAGGCUGGUGCUCACCGUGGCGUCGUGGAUGGCGCGCGCGGCGAGCCACCGUGCGCCGCCGCCGCCGCCGCCGCCGCCCGCCGAGGCCGACGACGAGGAGGGCUGGGCCGAGUGCUCCUGACCAACCGGGCCUCCCCACCGCUCAUCCGCUGCUGCUGGUGCUGCACUGUACGAGCUGCCGCGCUGAGCCAGCGAGCGCCCAGAGAUGGGCUGGGGCGUAGCAGCAAGCAUCGUGUGGGCAACGUUCGUUUGUUCUUUUCCUCCCCUAAUUAACUACUAGUAUUUGAUUUGUAAGGAUGGGCCCAGCAAAAUCUUGUGGUUAGGAGGGCUAAGAAGGUGAGGCCGUGGGAGUGUAACUAUGUAAGGCUGGUUAACAAAAGGCUACUAGUAUUUGAUUUGUUUUUUUUAGAGCAACUGGAGGAGUAUUUGAGCUGAUUCGGUUA